AUGGGCCGGGCGCGGCGGAGCGGCUGCGGGCGGCUCCCGGCCCUGCUGUCUCUGCUCCCGCUGCUCUCCCUGCUGUGCGGGGCGGCGGGGCCGGGGCGCGGCGGCGCUCCCCGCCUGCUCCGUUUCUCCGGGCAGGUGCCCGAGAACAGCCCGGCGGGGACGCGGGUGCGGGGCUUGCGGGUGCCGCUGCGGAGGCUGCUGGGCCCCGGGGAGCCGGCCGGGGAGUGGGCGCUGGAGGGCGACGGCGCCUCCCGCUUCUCCCUCCAGCGGCGGGCGGGAGGCGGGCGGGGGCUGCUGCUGCUCCGCACGGCCCAGCGCCUGGACCGGGAGGCGCAGCCCGAGUACGGGCUCCGGCUGCGGCGGCGGCGGGCGGGAGGGGCCCCCCGGGAGGCGCUGCUGCGGGUCCGGGUCCUGGACCGCAACGACCACCGGCCGCGCCUGCCGCCGGCGCGGCCGCUGGAGGUGGACGAGCUGGCCCCGCUGGGCACGGAGGUGGCCCGGCUCCGCGCCUCGGACGGCGACGAGGGCGCCAACGCGCGUCUCACCUACCGCCCCUGGCCGCCGGGCGCCCGCAGCCGCCUGCUCUUCGUGGUGCCCCGCAGCGGGCAGGUGCUGACCGUGGGCUCGCUGCUGGGGCGGCGCCGGCUCCGCCUCUGCGUCGCGGCUCACGACCACGGCCGGCCGCGGCCGCUGCGCAGCCCCGCGCGGUGCCUGCGCCUGGCCGUGCGCGGCCGGCGGGCGGCGGCCGGCGCGGGGAGGCGGCGGCGGGCGCGCUCGCUGCCGCCGCCCGAGCGGCCGCCGGGACGCGGCUCCCGGCGCUACACGGCCCGCCUGCCCCCCGGGGCGCGGGUGGGCGACACCGUCUUCACCGUCCCGCCGAGCCGCGAGCGGGCGGCGGGCGGCUGGUUCGAGCUGGCGUCUCCCGGCACCACCCCCGUGGGGGUCGACAGGGCGUCGGGGCGGCUCUACCUCCGGCGGGAGCUGCGAGCGGGCGGCCGGGCGGAGGUGCUGGUCAAGGUGCACCGCGGCGGCGGACGAGGUAGGGGGCCGGGCCGGGCCGGGCCGGGCGGCGGGGACGGCUGGGGGCGCAUCCCCGCGGGGCGCUGCCCCGGCUGGGGCGGGACGGGACGGCCGCCGGAGGGCCGGGAGGGGAUGGAGGGUCGCCCCGCGGCAGGGGGGACGCUGAGCGGGCACGGCCGUGAGGGGCACUUGUCACCCGAGGAGAUGCGGCCGCGCUGA